AUUCAUUCAUUCAUAGAUAGUCAUAGUGGACCAAACCAAACCAAACCAAAACAACAACCAACAACCUUUGUGAUUUACCAUCUGUUCCUCCUCCUCCUAACUUUUAAUAUCAAACCUCACAAACCAUAACCUCCUUAUCUUAACAAAUUUCAGUUUCAGCUUCAAUUCAACUUGGUCAAGCUUGUGUAUAAGCUGGUUUCAGAUCAGAUUUUCUUUUUGAGAAAUAAUAGCUCAUAUUUUCGGUACACUGCUGCUAUUGCCGCAGAAAAUUGAAGACAAGUGUGGAUAAUGAUUACCGAGCUUAGAAAGUAAAAGUUACCGACAUAUCUUGUUCUGAAAAAGAAGGCUAUUGGAAAAUUUCUGAGGUGUUUGUGCCAGAAAGUUGAUUGGUAGUGCUCGAGAAACUUAUUAUUUAUCAAUGCAAACAUCACAGAAACAUGAAAUUUCUUAUGGUUCUGGCAGGUUCUACGUUGAACCUGUGCAGAAUCUGGACUCAUAUGGCUUACCUUCGAGUGAGAAUUUAGAAAAUUAUUCUUCCUCUGAUAACAGCAGCCAAACAUUCUAUCCUUCUCAUCAAAUUCUAGAACCAUAUGGCACCUUUGAAUCUGCUUCAACAAGCAACAACAGUUUCCCUUACCAAAAUUCUCCGUCUACUCUCAGCUUCUCACCUAACAAUAGUCCGGUGUCACAGCUAGAGUCAAAUUCAUACGUGUUGAGACCACAACAUUCUCUUGAAUUUGUUAAUGGUUCUCCUGAGGAUGAUGACUCUUACUUGAGACACGACCUUGAUGACUUGAGGCAUAAGAUGCUAGAGCUGGAAUCUGUUAUGCUCGGACCUAACGCAGACAUGCUAGAUACAUACGAUGCUGAAGUUAAACAAGAAUCUGCUUCGUUCUUAUUAGAGUCAGAGAAGUGGAAGAAAAACAUGGAGAUGGUAUCUAAAGGAGAUCUGAAAGAGAUGCUUUAUACUUGUGCAAAAGCCGUAGAUGAGAAUGAUAUUGAGACAAUUGAAUGGAUGGUUACCGAGUUACGCAAAAUAGUAUCGAUUAUGGGCAAUCCGGUUGAACGAUUGGGAGCAUACAUGUUGGAGGCUCUUGUUUCAAAGAUGGCUUCUUCAGGAAGCACAAUCUACAAAUCGUUAAAAUGUAGUGAACCUACUGGUAAUGAACUACUCUCUUACAUGCAUGUACUUUAUGAAAUAUGUCCAUACUUUAAGUUCGGGUAUAUGUCGGCAAAUGGAGCAAUUGCUGAAGCUAUGAAGGAGGAACGUGAAGUACACAUAAUUGAUUUUCAAAUUACUCAAGGAACUCAGUGGGUGAGUCUGAUCCAGGCUCUUGCUCGCAGGCCUGGAGGACCCCCAAAGAUCAGAAUAACAGGCGUUGACGACUCGUAUUCAGCUUAUGCGCGCGGAGGAGGGGUUGAUAUAGUGGGGGGAAGGUUAUCAACGCUUGCACAGUCAUGUCAUGUACCCUUUGAGUUCAAUGCUGUUAGAGUUCCUGCUUCUGAGGUGCAACUCGGAGACUUUGAACUUCGACAUGGUGAAGCUGUGGCGGUGAAUUUUGCGCUUAUGCUACACCAUGUGCCAGAUGAAAGUGUCAACAUUCAUAAUCAUCGUGACCGGUUGUUGCGAUUGGCUAAGCACAUAUCUCCCAAGGUGGUGACUCUAGUUGAGCAAGAAUUCAAUACCAAUAACGCUCCAUUCUUGGAGCGUUUUGUCGAGACAAUGAACUACAACUCAGCUGUUUAUGAAUCGAUUGAUCUUGUUCUUCCAAGGGAUCACAAAGAGAGGAUUAAUGUCGAACAGCACUGUUUGGCUCGAGAAGUCGUCAACUUGGUAGCCUGUGAAGGGGAAGAAAGAGUGGAACGUCACGAGCCUAUGAGUAAGUGGAGAAUGCGUUUCGCAAAGGCUGGAUUUACGCCUUAUCCAUUGAGCUCCUUCAUCAAUUCUUCAAUCAAGGAUCUUCUGGAUAGCUACCGUGGACAUUACACUCUAGAAGAGAGAGAUGGUGCACUAUAUCUUGGUUGGAAGAAUCAAGUUCUUGUUGCUUCUUGUGCUUGGAGAUGAAAAAUCCAUUGACAGUUCAUUUUUGUUACCGCAGGUUUUUAUGUUAGGCUAUGUGUCAUCCUCCUAUAUAUAGAUUUACUCUUCUUAUUAUAGUCAAAUAACUGUUUUGUAAAAGAGUAUCUUAAAACUUUUAUGUCACAAAUACUAGUAACAGCACUAAGGAUUAUAUAUGUAAAAUCUGUCUAUCCAAUGUGUUUUAUAGAACAUAUUUUCCUUACCUUAGAUUAAAAAACAAUGAAGUAGAGAAGUGAGUAUUUACCAAAA